GCACGUGCGGCGAUAAAAUUUAGGGUUGCAAGUGGUGAGCCAACCACAAGGUCUUAAACUGGCAUUCAGCCAUUGACUCAAGGUGGUUUAAAAUCUGGCAACGCUUGAUUGCAUUUUCACUUCUUCUUUUCCACCUCUUCCCUACAACCGUGCAUUUUUUCCAUUCUGAUUGGGUUCUGAUAAAAUAAUGUUGAAUGCAAUUUAAAUCCAACUCUCAGCUUAACUUGAUUUUCCCCUAUCUCGCUUGCCACCUUUCUUCUUCUUCUUCUUUCCCACUAUGACGACGUCGUCCUCACCCUCGACACCACGGCCCUCCAUAUGUGCUGCCGUGGAGGACCUCCAUUCACAUCUAGAUAUCAUCAGCUUCCCUCCGGCACAAACCAUUCGCAUCGUUGCUGAAUUACUAGAAAAUAUCAUUGCUCAGAACGACAAGUUGGCCCCAGGAGUCGUCACCCAUUUCCAUUCACGUUCAGUGCCCAAAAUACCUAUCCACGCUUACCUGAACCGCAUCCAGAAAUUUGCUCCUUUCAGCAAUGAAAUUCUCAUUACUAUUUUGGUGUACUUUGAUCGCAUUGCUCGUCGCCAAAGCUCGUUUGUUAUAAGUUCAUUCAAUAUCCAUCGGUUGUUGAUUACCAGUUUGACAGUUGCAUCCAAAUUUGUAUCGGAUGUCUUCUAUGCCAAUGCACGCUAUGCAAAGGUCGGAGGUCUGCCGCUCGCCGAACUCAACCGUCUAGAGCUAGACUUCUUAUUCUUGUGCAACUUUGAUCUUUACGUUCGAGUAGAAGAUCUUCAGGAGUACGCUGAUCAACUUCUUAGUCGUACCCAUGAAGCAGACCGUACCGACUGUUCGUUACCACAAUCUCCCAUCUCGUCUGUGUCCGAUGAACCGGUUGUUUCAAACUUCGAACCCAAGCCCAUUAGCCGACCAGUGGUCCCCGAAACGUUCAUGAGCCCGCGACACCCUCCAGCCACUAACACCUUUCACACCGAUAACGCAUCGCAGUCUGCACUCAUGACCCCCCCUCCGCAGCCCAAACCUGUGGUAGAAACGUCGGAUUCACCAGCGUUACCGAGGAAACGACGACGUACAUCGAAUUCUUGGUCCAAUCCUGUGCCUUCGGCUAGACACACUCCAUCUACUUGGAUGACUGAUACAAUGCGAGCUGGAUAUUAGACCUGGCUUGACUUGCUUUCAAUUUUUUUUUGGUUACAAAUCCCUUUCUUCUCUUUUACACUGUACAAAUCGUAGACUUUUGCUCAUCCCCUUUCCAUCCCCGCCUGUCCAAUCCGCCUAGUCGCCGAUAUAUACCACUUCAUACCCUGCCGUUUAUCCUGUACCAUAAUUCCAAUUAAAUUUUUUUUUUCUUCAUUGUCUUGAAUUCAUUCCGAUAUGACACCCCC